AUUUAUUCCAGAGAGAACGGAAGCAAGCAACACAUAUUUCGAAAUUAGGGUUUAUCUUCUUCCCCUUGACUUUGGAAGCUGCUUUUUCUCCUGUAGAACAAAAGCAUGAAGAAGAAGCUCCAGACACGUUUUCCAGCGACAAGGAUUAAGAAGAUUAUGCAAACUGAUGAGGAAGUUGGCAAAAUAGCAAUGGCGGUCCCUCUUCUUGUUUCUAAAGCUUUGGAGCUAUUUUUACAAGACUUGUGUAAUCACACAUAUGAUGUAACUCUCAGCCGAGGUGCAAAAACUGUCAACUCCUUUCAUUUGAAACAGUGUGUGCACGCUUUUAAUAUCUUUGAUUUUCUAAGAGACACUGUUGCUAAAGUUCCUGAUUUGGGUGGCUCAGAUACUGAAGACCAAUCAGCUACCAAAAGAAGGAAAGUAGUUGAUGAAAGUAGUUGCCACGAUGAAGAUAUGACGAAGACCACUCAAAUGCAUGAGGUCAAACAUACUAGCGGUGGCAGAGGAAGGCGAGGUAGAGGCCGCGGACGAGGUGGUGGAAGAACAGGAAGUGGGCUGUCUCUAAAAUUUGAGGAAGAUUUAGAAGAUGGUUCUCCCGAAAGCAGCAGGACCCUGUCUCCCGAAAUCGGGAGCCUUUCUCAUGACGAUACAUCUUGGAAGAAAGUCGCAUCACACAAGAAUCAUAGUAACUCAGUGGUAAAAGUAAGGAACUUUGAUCUUAAUGUUGAAUUAGAUGAGAAUGGAGACUCAGCUACUUGGCUGGACAGAGCGCUAGAGGGAAGUCCAGAUUGGCCGUUGUUGGAGAUUAACGAAAUGAAAAUAGAUCCUGAUGAUCAACAACAGGCUAGUGCUAAUGAUGAGGAAGAUUAUGAUGAAGAAAGCAUAGACCAAGAGUGAAGUGUUUCAGGUUAGGUGAUAUGACUUAAAAGCUAAGAUAGGAGAAAACAACAACUUAGGAACUACUGACACACUUAUAUAUCAUAGCAGUGUGUAUGUAAGAGAUUGCUCACAUUCUCUUUAAUGUAAUUUCGUAUUUUCCAUUAAUCUCUUCCAAUUUGAUAGCAACUUUUACACAGACCAUAAUAUAUGUGGAGAAAUCCA